AUGAAAGAGAGGCAAGAGGUGCAUUCAAUUGCUGAAGUGUUCAGCGUAGGUGCCGGCAGCCAGGGGUGCGAGAUUGAUCGCCCAUCAUCAAUACUUCCCGCGACGGACCUCUAUCCGCCACAGAAGCAACCGAGAACGAAAAGGGGUACACAGGCGUUGGAUGAUACUCGAGCUCGUCUCGCCUGGCUUUGUUUUCACACGCUGCUCCUGCUGAUCUCGUGCUCAAGUCACUUGAAGGUCGAUAUCACUAGGCGUUGGAGGCCGAAGAGCUCAUCUCUGACCGCACUGCUUGUGCUACUCCAGCUCUCGAUACAGCGCACAGGAAGAUGCGAGAGCUCAUUUAAAUAUACGUUUUCAGUGUUGUCUUCUGGAAGCCCUGCCAUCAGCCAAUCAGCACCCGGCCCUGUGAUACAGAACGGUCAACGGGAGAAGCUUGGCCGACCGUACUCUCUCAGCGCGAAGACCACCCCAACCCAACUUCAACCUCAACCGCGGCGCCCGCUCUCUCAUCUUCCCACACCACAUCUAUACUCACCCCCGCGCCUCUCACUCUGUGGCCGCCACAGUCAACACCCUCCUGUGACGCCUCUGCUUCCCUCCAUCGUCACUAUCGCCGGCGUCCGCCUCCCCACGUUCAUUGGCCCGCCCUUGGAUAGAUUGAGGUUAACACCGUAUGAGUUGUCCCUCUGCUACCCUUGCCGCCUCGACUUGAGUGUACUCAAGCUGCUGAUUGGAUACCCUCGCUCGCCUUGGACUGCUCGCUGUCUUGAUUCGCGCCCACGCUCCCUCCCGACUUGCAAUUAG